UGUUAUGUUUUUGAUAAUCAACCCGUUUCAAAUGCGCAGGAGCCUGCGACCGACGACCCUGCCACAAAUAGGACAGUGGGUUAUCCUUUUAAUUUCGCCAAUAUUACACAAUCCGAAAUUGUAAACACGCUCAAAUCAAUUGAUUCUAAGACAGCUGCUGCAUCAUCUUUGCUGCCCCUCUCACUCAAAUUUUUUAUUUAUCACUGUCAAGUAACAUGAUUCCAAAAAUCUGGAAGGCAGCAUACGUCACGCCACUGCAUAGAGGUGGAGAUCCGUCCCAGUUGGAUAACUAUUGCUCUAUAUCUAAACUUUCUGUGCUUGCUAAAGUUCUUGAGAACCUUAUGAAUUCCCAGCUGAAAGAUUGUCUUUAUAAUUGUUGUAUCUUAUCCCAAAACCAGUUUGGAUUCAGAGCAAAACAAUGUACUAUCUCAGCUGCAACCAAGGUGAUCAGUGAUCUUCAGGAGACACAGGACAGAAAACAGCAUUGUGUUUCACUUUUAUUGAAAGCUUUCGACACUGUUGACCAUGCUCUGCUGCUGCAUAGAUGAAAUAAAAUAUGUUUUCGUAUUGGAUUGGUUCCAAAACUACCUCUCUGACAGAAUCCAGUGUGUAGCACAAUAGGGCAUGAAAUCAGAGUUUCAACUGCUUACAAAGGGUGUCACCCAAGGGUUCAUUUUAGGGCCUGUCCUUUUUACACUGUUAUGUUGGUGGAAAUGUAAACUCUGCAAAAGUCAUCUAUAUGCUGACACAAUUGUUUACGCCUGUGCCUCUAAAAUUGAGAAGGCCUUUCAGGAUUUGCAACUGGCUUUUGAUGACAUUCAGAAACAACUCUUCCACAUGAAACUUGUGCUGAAUUCCAGAAAGACUCAGUACAUGGUUUUAUCUAACCUUAAAGCAGACAAGUGGAGUCAUCUGCAGAUUCUAACUUUAAAUGACCAUCUGAUCGAAAGGAUAUCUAGGCAUCUGGUUAGAUGAAAAGCUCAAUUUUAAAUAGCACAUUGAAAUCUUGGCAAAGAAACUGAAGUUGAAAUGGGGUUUUUAUUUUAGGAACAAAUCUUGUUUUUCUGUAUCAGUCAGGAAGGAUUUUGUGCAAGGUAAAUGUUUUAUCUGUGUUGGACUAUGGUGAGAUUAUUUACAUGUGAGCUUCCGCCAGUACGCUUCGGGUAAUGCAGUGUAUCAUGAAGCGCUUAGGUGCAUCACUAAUGUGCAAGACCAUUCACCCAUCACUGUGAACUAUACACUAAAUAUACAAAACAUUAAAAAUACUAUCCAGGUGAAAGCUAUGAUCCCUUAUUGAUGGCACUUGUUAAAUCCACUUCAAUCAGUGUAGAUGAAGGGGAGGAGACAGGUUAAAGAAGGAUUUUUAAGCCUUGAGACAAUUGAGACAUGGUGCCAUUCAGAGGGUCAUGGUGCCAUUCAGAGGCUGUUCUGAGGGCAAAAGGGAACUCAAUAUUAGGAAGGUGUUCCUAAUGUUUGAUAUACUCAAUCUACAACAUGGUGAAGUGGCCCUCCCUUCCCGCCAGAAGGCUUAAGCACUGGUUCAUAUUUGUGUACGAGGCAGUGCUUUGACUCCCAACUAACAACAACAUCACAAUCCUACAGCCUCCGCUCUCAGUCACUGCUCUCUUUCACAGUUCUUAGGGCAAGGACUGAAAUGGGGUAACAAUCCUUCUCCUGUAAUGCUCCUUGGUCCUGGAACGAACUACAAAAUACUU